UCUCCUCGAACUCCAUAUGCCGAUAUAUUUGGCGUCAAGCGGGAAAGCAAGUGACCGAAGAGGAUGAUAAGUGGUUGACGUACGAAAGUGGCGUAGUGAGACCGUUCGUUGCCGGGAUCCUUCUCGGGAAGAACGUCGAGUUCCGACCGAGUUUCGAGCCAGCUCCACCGACGAACUCGUUGGGACACCUUGUGAUUUGCUCCACCUUGAGUUAUCUCAGAACGAAGAAAGACUUCAGCUGUGAUUUCUUCCCUCCGAAUUACGCGGAUUUCGAACGGAACUUCAAGCACAUUCUCCCUCAGGCUUGUGUUGCUGAGUGCUUGGCCGGUAUGUACAUAGACGACAAGUCCCUCGAGAGAGCCGCCCUAGGUGACGUUUCCAAGAUCCUCCAGUCGGUGAAUUCCACGGAGCAGAACGCUGAAGAGCAGAAGUACAAUCAGGAUUCGGAGGCCUUCUUCAAAUUGAUCGAGCUGUGGAAAACGAAGAUCGGGGGCGUACCGGUGCACGAGCACAAGAAGCCAGCUCUGCCGUCCGAAAAUCGACGUAACGUUCUGAUCACCACAGCUCUUCCCUACGUGAACAACGUGCCGCAUCUGGGCAAUAUUGUCGGCAGUGUUCUCAGUGCUGACGUUUUCUGUAGGUUCUGUCGUAUGCGAGACUACAACUGCGUUUACGUCGGCGGGACCGACGAGUACGGGACGGCGACAGAAACCAAGGCUCUGGAAGUGAAGUGCACCCCCCGAGAGCUCUGCGACAAGUUCAACACUCAGCACAGCGAGAUCUACCGGUGGUUCGAUAUCGAUUUCGAUAUUUUCGGACGAACGUCAACCGAGAAACAAACGGAAAUCGUCCAGAAUUUAUUCCUGAAGCUCCACGGCAACGGGAAUUUCUCUGAGGACACCGUCGAUCAGCUGUACUGUGGUUCGUGCCCUCGAUUUCUGGCCGAUCGUUUCGUCGAGGGGACUUGUCCGUUCUGCGGUUACGAAGACGCCAGAGGCGAUCAGUGCGAUAAAUGCUCGAAACUGAUCAAUGCCAUAGAGCUGAAGGAUCCCAGGUGUAAGAUAUGCAAGAGUUCUCCCACGGUGAAAACUUCGAGGCAUCUCUUCCUAGACAUGCCGAAGCUCGAUUCCCAGUUCCGUGAGUGGCAGAAGAAGUCUUCGGAUAGUGGGAAGUGGACGCAAUCUGCUAAAGUCAUCACGAAUUCGUGGCUGAGAGACGGCUUGAAACCCCGAUGCAUCACUCGAGACAUGAAAUGGGGUGUCCCCGUUCCGCUGGCGGGCUACGAAUCGAAAGUAUUCUACGUGUGGUUCGAUGCCUGUAUCGGAUACAUGUCCAUCACGGCAACUUACACCGAUCAGUGGGAAAAAUGGUGGAGAAACCCAGAGAAGGUGGAACUCUUCCAGUUCAUGGGCAAAGACAAUGUGCCUUUCCAUGCUAUAGUUUUUCCAAUGUGCCAAAUCGGCAGCGGGGAGAAGUUUACGAAAGUCAAUCACGUUGUAGCCACCGAAUACCUCAAUUACGAAGACAAGAAGUUCUCGAAGUCCCGGGGUGUAGGGGUCUUCGGGGAUCAAGCCGCGGAAACUGGCAUACCCUCGGACGUUUGGAGGUUCUACAUGAUGUACAUGAGACCCGAGAACCAAGACACUUCCUUCAGCUGGGUCGAUCUCCAGACAAAAAACAACUCAGAACUUCUGAACAACUUGGGUAACUUCAUCUUCCGGUGCUUGUCGUUUGCCUGCGCGCGCUUCGAGAAUCGCGUUCCCGAGAGCGAGGGGGAACUGGAAGAUACCGAUAAGAACGUUCUGGCCCAGGUCGCACGGUACUAUCAGGAAUUCCUGGAAAAUUUUGAAAACCUGCACAUCCGAGACGCCCUCCGUGCUGUUCUCAUGAUCUCGAAAGCCGGCAACCAGUACGUCCAAGCGUCCAAACCCUGGGAAAAAGUCAAAAACAAGGAGACCAUCGGUCGCAGUAAAACCAUAGUGUACAUCGGAAUUCAGAUCUGUGCUCUGGUCGCAGGUUGCCUCGAACCAUUCAUGCCCAAGACGGCGGCUGAGCUCCGAAGGCAGCUCAAUAUUGAGAGAUUGGUGCUCGAGGACGAAUUCCGACCCCUGGUAGCAGGCAACCAUCCGCUCAAUGAGCCGAAGCCCUUGUUCCGAAAAAUCGAGACCGAGCAGGUAGUAGAAUUCCAGAAAAAGUUCGCGGGACAACCGGUAGCGGAGGCAUCGAGCGCAGAGCUGUGCGCUGAAGAAUUUUCAUCGGCGGCGGCGACGGGCGAAAAAGCAGGCGGCGGCGGCGGACGCCGUGGCGAUUUUCGGCGAUCCGAUAGACCCACGGCGCGCCGCGGAAAGGUUUCCCGCAUUCAGAAUAAGAGUACUUGA